CGAGUGAAGUGGAAAAAAAGUGGGCAGGGAUAUGGAGCGGGGAGUACCCAACGGACUGCAACGGAAAGGAGCCCUUGGAUCCAAGCGUCAGAACAAGGGCCGUCCGCCCCAGCCAGAACAGUAACGAAGGGGAACACACAACUGACCAUUUCAGUUUUUUCGGUGUGUGAAAUUACUGAUGAAGCACGUAUGGUCGUAUACUUUAGAAAGACAUUGCAAACUUAGUUAGCAAGCGUGCUAGCUGGAAAAGUUAGUUUGCUUGCUAGCCAGCUAGCAUAUUUAGCUAAUUAGCUAUCGAUAGCUUCCCAACCUGACUUGUCUGUGGUUGAUUCGUUUUUGUUUAGUCUCUAGUCGAAAGUUCAGUUGGUUGCCAGCUUGAUAGUAAGAUAAGUCACUGAUGCUUACCAGGUCUCAGGGCUGAGAUGAAGUCUGUCUCAAAAGACAGUCCUUUCCUAAUUUCUUUGGCAAUGUCAGCGCCGUGAAUGUUGGCAAAAUGGAUUAUUCACGAUUUUAUUGCUACAUUGAUGUCCCCUAUUUUUGAGUUAUGCUCUCAAGAAAGAAGAGUAAAAACGAAGCCUCGAAACCAGCCGAAGUCCACGGGAAAUAUGUGAAAAAGGAGACCUCGCCACUGCUUAGAAAUCUUAUGCCAUCCUUCAUCCGGCAUGGACCUACUAUUCCGCGUCGGGGUGAGGUGGCCCUCCCUGAGCCGAUGCCCGCCUCCAGCUAUCCAUCAGUGGGGCCCGCGGGCCCCGAAGCCGGCCCGCCGCGCGGCGCCAAGAGCUUCCUGCGGCCGCAGCCACAGCGCUCUGCCCAGGAGGUAGCGCUGCGUGCCAGCCAACGCGUGUCGGCGCCACCGUACGGCCUGCGUGGGCCCGGCGAGCUGCAGGAGUACGGCGGCUCGCAACAAUCCUUCUUGCCGUCGCCUGGGCCCACGGGCGAGGCAGAGAAUGGCGGGGGCGAUGUUGGAGGUCGCUUCUACUACCCCGACGGCCCGAGCUCUGGGGCAGCUGCUGUCAUCGCCCCCGGUUACUAUGAGGGCCGCCGGGCCCCACAGGGCCUGCGCCGGCCACCGCAGCUGCCUCCCCCGGAGCGUUUCCACGACGAUUAUCGCUACUACGAGCACCAGGCCAGUGAGCACGCCUUCUCCAGGAUGCCCCCACACACUCCUCCACCCGCUCAGACCAGACCGCCUGCAGGCAUCGGACGCAUGCAGGCCAAAUCCCUGGGCAACUUGUCCAGCCCUAGCGUCGGUGGCGCCGGCGACGACCUCCCGCUGCCGACAGGCUGGACGGUGGACUGGACCAUCCGCGGCCGGCGCUACUACAUCGACCACAACACCAACACCACGCACUGGAGCCACCCGCUGGAGCGCGAGGGCCUGCCGCCGGGGUGGGAGAAGGUGGAGUCGGCCGAGUUCGGCGUCUAUUACGUGGACCACGUCAACAAGCGGGCCCAGUAUCGCCACCCGUGCGCCCCAAGUGUCCCUCGUUAUGAUCAGCCCCCGCCCCUCCCCCCUCCAGUGACGUACCAGCCACGUCCUACUGAGCGCGUGCAGCCGGUCCUGGUGCCUGCCAACCCCUACCACACCGCAGAGAUCCCAGACUGGCUCCAGGUCUACGCCAGAGCCCCGCUAAAGUACGACCACAUCCUGAAGUGGGAGCUGUUCCAGCUGGUGGACUUGGACACGUACCAGGGCAUGCUGAAGCUGCUCUUCAUGAAAGAGCUGGAGCGCAUCGUCAAGUCGUACGAGUCCUACCGCCAGGCGCUGCUGGGCGAGGUGGAGGCGCGCCAGCAACGCCAACAGUGGUACGCCCAGCAGCCUCCGCCCGCCAACAGCUACCCCGUCAACAUGUGAGGGCCACCGUGCCAGGGCCACGGGAGGCACCGGAGGGGGUUUUCAGGGGGGAGAUAGAUGCCAGCGUUUUCGUCACUGUGUGUCCAUGCCUCGUACUGGGGGGGAUCGAGUGAUGAAUGAAGGUAGGAACAGCUUGAGGUGUUUGAUCGGGGGACAGGAUGGAAGGGAAGUCGUAAUCAGCACUGGAGGUGUUGAUGACUGCGAUGAUGAUGAAUGAUGAUGAUGACGAAGAAGAAGAUGAUGAUGAUGAUGGUGGGAGUACUUAGAGAGGUAACCUGACUCUCUUUCUUGAGUUCAUGGCCAGGAGUUCCAACAUGGGCUGCAAAACCUUUUUGUGUUUGCUUUGCUUUUUUAAAUUUCCGUGGCGAGUCUCUGGGUCACACCUUGCACGUCCCUGUUCUGCCUCGCUCUAUGUGAUGGGCGGAACAGUGUCGGAGCAACCCAUCUCCUCACGUUUUAAUGACUGACGUCAUGGCAGAGCUGAUAUGUUGUUGUUGUUGUUUUUUUUCGGGGGGGGGGGGGGGGGGGAGUUGUUGUCAUUUUUGUUGUCAUUGUUCUUGAUGCCAAACACAUCAGUGCCUUUGCCACUCAAGCCAAAUCCGACUGAACUGAAAGCACCAGCCAGAAUAGUCAAUGGACUAAAUCUGAAAGAGAGACUUGUUCUUGUUUACAAACAUAACAGGCUUUAUGACCUCUUUUAAGACCUAAGGACUCCAUCUACACUACACAGAUUGUGCGUGGGUGCGUGUGUGUGUGCGCGCGCGUUUGUGUGUGUGGCGCGUGCUAAUUUGCAAGAGGAAGAGAGGCAAAUGAACGUUUUUAUAAGCUGAUAUAGGCAGCUUACCUUUUAAAGAGUGUGUGUACAGUAUGUUGCUAUUUUGUUUUUUUGUUUUUCCUCUCAAAAGGUUUGAUACUUCAAAAGUAUUUUUAUAAUGGCAUUUUCAUCAUAAUCCUCAGUGUAAGUGACAACUCUUUCCUCUCCUUUAUAAUGUGUAAGUCCUCUUGGGAGACAAUCCGCUCUGUGUGCUUGGCUUGUCCCCUGAGGGAAGCCCAGCAAUCAGCUGGGUUAAUAUGUCUUAUUUUAAAGACGCUAUUUUAAUGUAUUUUAAAGGUGGUGAACUUUAAAGGCCAAUAGUUCAGUCUCACAAAAAGCCUUGUGGUCACAGCGACUCUUGGCUCUUUCUCUGCCUUACUUUGAAGACCUGAUUAUUAUACGGUUGUUGUUUUUUUUCACUCAAUGCUCUGUAUCAUUAAAAAUAUAUUAUAA